CUGCUGCAGGCGCAGGGUGAUGACAUCACUCGAGGAAAAUGGAGAGAAAACACAUGUCUGCUUUUGCUUUGUAUCAAACGUUACCUGCAGACGCCCCCCCUCCCGCGAAGAAGCCUCCAGUGCAGUUGGUUGCUAAGAAAAAGAAGAAGAAGGAAAAUGGAGUCGCAGUCAACAAGGCCAACGCACUAAAAGCUCAGGUGAAGUCUGAGAGGAGGAAGAUGCGAAAGAAGCUCCCAAAGUCUGCACAAAGAGAGGAGAGACAGAAGGGAAGUGCACAAAAGCAGCAGCAGCAGCAGCAGGAGGAAGAUGAGGAGGAGGAGGAGGAGUGCAUGAAUGGAGAUGUUGAGGCUGGUGGUGAGAUGAUAGACGGUUUGCUGGUCGACCUGGCACGAGUCAACAACAGCAGGCUGAGAGCGAGCCAGCUGUUCAAGUGGCUCAUUGACCCCAUACCUGCGAAAGCCUUCUUCAGGGAUACAUGGGAAAAGAAGCCCAUUCUUGUUCAACGCGAGAAUCCACAUUACUACAAGGGACUGUUCUCCACAGCAGAGUUUGAUCGCAUAUUAAGAGAGGAGGAUGUUCAGUUUGGAGUGAACCUGGAUGUCACGAGCUACACCAAUGGCAAGAGGGAGACGCACAAUCCUCCAGGCAGAGCUCUGCCGUUCACUGUGUGGGACUUCUAUAAGAGUGGCUGCUCCCUUCGAAUGCUGAAUCCCCAGGCUUUCUCCUCCACCGUGUGGAACGUGCUGUCCAUCCUUCAGGAGCAGUUCGGCAGCAUGGCUGGAGCCAAUGUGUACCUGACACCACCAGGGACACAAGGCUUUGCUCCACAUUAUGACGACAUUGAGGCGUUUGUGGUUCAGCUAGAAGGGAAGAAACACUGGAGGGUCUACAACCCAAGGUCAGAAGACGAGGUCUUGCCUGUACUUUCCAGUCCGAACUUCAAACAGACGGACAUCGGGAAGCCGAUCCUGGAAGUGGUGCUCGAAGCCGGAGAUCUCCUCUACUUUCCCAGAGGAUUCAUCCACCAGGGCGACUGCCUGCCAGACGUCCACUCCCUGCACAUCACCAUCUCCUCUUACCAGAAGAACAGCUGGGGGGAUCUGCUGCAGAAGGUGGUUCCAGCAGCACUGGAAGUGGCAAUGGAGGAGGACGUGGAGUUCAGACAGGGCUUACCUCUGGACUACCUGACAUACAUGGGAGUGCAGAAUUCUGACAACGACGACUCGCGCAGGACAAAAUUCUUUUCACGAAUCGAGAGUCUGCUGAAGAAGCUCAAAGAUUACGCCCCGGUAGAUGCUGCCGUGGAUCAGAAAGCCAGAGACUUCCUCCACGACUGCCUCCCUCCCGUGCUGACUCCAGAGGAGCUGGCCACCAGUGUUCAAGGGGCACCGACUAGGUGGGAAGGUGGGGAAGUCAUUGAUGUGGGUGCACAAAUCAACACCCAGACCCGAGUCCGACUCCUCCGUGCUGGAUGUGCCAGGUUAUGCAGUGAUGGAGACUCUGUCCAUAUUUGCUACACCACGGACAACUCCAGAGUUUACCACAAAGAGGUGCCCAAGAGUUUCGAAAUACAAACCGAGGUAGCGACUGGAAAGAUUUGUCCAAAUCUCUCAUGCUUCGUUCACGGUGAUCUGAUUCGAUUGUUUUUCUUUCAGCACACAGAUGCCGUCGAGUUUCUGAUCCAUUCUUAUCCCCAAUUUGUGACUGUAGGAAGCUUCCCAUGUGAAUCUGCUGAAGACAGGGUCACUUUGGCUGAGCUGCUUUUUGAAAGGGGGAUUAUCCACACUGAAGAACCUCUGUAAUGGUCUCUCAGAUUCUUCGGUCAAGCUGACUGCAUGAGUAGCUUCAAACUGCCUUUGUACAAAAUACAAUAUUGGAUUCAAAACGCUCAUCUCAAAAAUAUUCAUUCGCUGUACUGGAAUGCUGAACAAGCCGUUCAUGAAUG